AUGGAGUCCAACUACAGCAUUGGAUCUAAUACAGAACUAGAGACUGUUGAGCUCUUCCGAGGAUAUCCAGACGCACUGUUACAAUUUGCCGUCGCAUGCUGUGUAAUUUUCAUACUGAUUGGCAUUCCCGGCAACUUAAUUACAAUUAUUGCUCUCGGUUGCUGCAAAAAGUUCCGCAAUGCGACAGCAAUUUUCAUAAUAAACCUACACGUGAACAAUUUAAUAUUUUGCUGCAUGAUUCUACCCUUAACGUCUUUUAAUUACUCAUAUAGGCAUUGGAUAUUUGGGAAUACGAUGUGCAGUGUGUAUUCGUUGAUGAAAUAUGCACUGAAUGGGACUGCGCAUUUUACUGUGGUAGCUAUCACCAUUAACCGAUACAUUAUGGUGUGCCAUCCGUUAAUGUACCCAAGAAUCUACAAGAGAAGGAGUUUGAUAAUAUCAGUACUUAGUACUUGGAUAGCUGGAUUUACACUCUUUUUACCAUCUUUCUUGGGCGUUUGGGGCAAGUUCGGCCUAGACCCAAAAGGAAUAGACUGUACUAUGAUUCCUGACCAAAAUCAUGUCUCUCCCAAAAUAUUCUUCGUAUGUCUUGCUUUUGCGGGUCCAUAUUUAAUUAUUUCUGUGUGUUAUGGCCGUAUAUGGUGGACUGUGAGAAAGAAAAUGAAACAAUGUCGUAAUCAUAAUGUUAGAACAAUACUACCCAUUACAAGCAGUAGUGGAUCUGAGAUUUCGGGCGCAGAAAACGGUGAUGUCUGCCAAGAAGCAUCAGUACAUAAAGGCUCCACGGAUCACGAAAAACUUAAACUUAGUUCGUCGGUUAACUUAACUCCUGAUGGAACAGAGAAUAAAAUGAUGAAGUUCUUCAAGUAUUCGUUCAGAAUAACAAAAAAAGAAGAUCAGUUAACUUUACCAACAAGAAAAGAUAAAAAACUUGCUACAAUGAUACUUGCUAUACUAAUAUCCUUUGCUAUAUGCCAUUUGCCACUAAUGUUGACCAGAGCUUUAUAUGGUGAAUACAAAUCAAACCCUGCUGUCAAUAUUUUGGCGCAUUUACUGGAAUAUUGUACGUCUUUCAUCAGUCCAAUAAUUUAUGUCAUUAUGUCAAAUGAAUACCGUCAGGCCUAUAAAAGUUUAUUUGAAGACUUUAAGUCCAAAGUGACGGCAUUAUUUAAGUCUUGA